AUGGAUUUGAAAUUAUUUAUCCUGAUUUUCAUGUGGAAAGUAAUAUUUGCAUAAAAAACGGAUACAGAUUUGAAAUAAAAGAUCAAAAUUUAUCAAGAGACUGAAGAAGUACUAAUAUAAUCUUCAUAUCCUUCUCUAAGAGCUUCAAGAAAUCUACAAAAUAAUCAAUAUUUUAUUAGUUAAAAUUAAUGUACUUAUAUUAUUGGAUAGUAAUCAUGUUGCACUAAUUUGUUAUAAGCAGGAGGAGCUUUAAAUUGUUCAAAUUGUUAAACCUGUUUGUAAUGUUAAAAUAAAUAUUAUUGCUUAGAUUGUGUUUUAAGGUCAUAAUUUAUUAAUGAAAAUGGCUAUUGCUUAGGUGUAUGCGAUGCUAAAAAUGGUUAUUAUACGCUAAACUUUUAAUAUAAAAAAACUUCCUCACCUAAUUUAUCUUAUGGAAAUUAAUGUUUAAAAUGCCAUUAAAGCUGUAAGACUUGCAAUGGAAAUUCAGAAAAUAAUUGUUUAACAUGUCAAGAUUCCCUUUAACUUUAGCAAAAUAAGUAAUAUUGA